UUGACAAAAUCAAAAUCACACAAUUAAAGUUUUUCUCUUCCCUCCUCAUUUCAAUUUCCUCUAGCUUAGAUACAGAAGGAAGACCACAAAGAAAAAAUAAUGUCGAUGUAUUCAAAGAAGCGUAUACAAACUCCAUGGAAUUUCAUCAACUUAUUUCAUUCUUCAGCAGCAAUAAUCUUCAUGACUCUCUUCCUUGGCCUUCCUUCAGCUUCUGCUUAUUCUUCAGAUCGAUUGCAACUCCCUCAACUUUCCGUUGGCCGAAAUCUUCUUCAGGCUAAAAAAGAUUGCCCAAUUGAUAUUCAGGGUUGGAACUACACAGUCAUAACAAGCCAAUGCAGAGGACCAAAAUAUCCUGCUGAGAUAUGUUGUGAGGCUUUCAAGGAAUUGGCAUGCCCUUAUGCAAGAGACUUGAACGACUUAACUAACAAUUGUGCUACCACUAUGUUCAGCUACAUUAACCUCUACGGCAGCUACCCGCCUGGCCUUUUCGCAAACAUCUGCCGCGACAGCCACCGAGGUCUUGAGUGCACUGAUGCUCAGAAGUCCAACCCCUCUCAUACCGCUUCUAGUAGUACUAGUACUACUGCACCCAUUCUAACUACCAUGGUUCUCUUCUUUCUUCCAAUCUUGUACUUCUUCCUUAUUUAAUCUUAUUGAUUGGCUCCUUUUCCUUUUGUGUGACUUUGUAAGUAAAAUUUUGUCUUGUAUUUCUAUGACCUUGAGGUGUAACUGAAAAAAACUAUAUAUACCAUUCUUUUAUUU